ACAGUUGCAUUGAAAACGACAGCGUUCAGGAAUAUAACCGCAAGUUUAAAAACAAAAAGAGUCUCUGGCUUUGUUUGCGUACGCCAAUUAGUAGAAGCAAUCGCAUUUCCCUUUUCGAACAUCCGUGAAGCUCCGGAGUUCCGCUCUCUCAUCCUCCGGAAACCACCGUGAUCUCCCCCGGUUUUGAAUGGGGAAAAUCAAGAAAGUGAAUCCUAGGGCUCACAUUACUGCACCAUACCCAUUACCACCGUCUUGUUGCAAGAAACAAUGGUCUGGCACAAAAUGCUCAGUAUGUCUGGAGUCUCCACACAACGCUGUUCUUCUCCUCUGUUCGUCCUAUCACAAAGGAUGCCGUCCUUACAUGUGCGCAACAAGCACCCGUUUCGCCAACUGCCUUGACCAAUACAGGAAAUCACACGGCAGUGAACAGCUACCUCUUUUGUGUCCGCUGUGCAGAGGUCAAGUGAAAGGCUGGACCGUUGUGGAAGAAGCACGGGCGCAUUUCAACUCCAAGAGAAGGACUUGUAUGCAGGAAAACUGUUCCUUUAAGGGAAACUUCAAGAAGCUCAAGAAACACAUGACGGAAAAACACCCACAUGCUUGCCCUAGAGCUAUUGAUCCAGCUCUUGAGACCCAAUGGAAGAGGCUUGAGAGGGAAAGAGACAGGAGAGACGUGAUCAGCACGAUAAUGUCGUCGACCCCAGGUGCUGUUGUGUUGGGAGAUUAUGUGAUAGAGCCGCGUAGGGGAGGUGUUUAUGAUGGAGAAGAUGAAGAAGAUUACAGCUCAGAUGAUUCUUUGAGCAACAACGGCGUAUUGGAUCUUGAUUCAUGGCGAGGACAAAACCGUCAUAUUCGGUUUAUUGAUAUGGAGUCGAGUGACUUUGCAUCAUCUUCACGGUCCCCUGCUCCUCCAAGCCGUUCAGGUUUUCUCGUCCAUAGGAACCAGAGAGGUGGCAAUAGAGGUCGGUAACUUUUAACUUAACCAAACCAAAUUCUCUCUAGCAUGACUUCAAAAUUGCAGGAGCAGUAUAAAAAGGCUAACAUGAUUAGCCUCACAGGGAAUUGAAUAAACUUUCAGUCGUCCCUUUUUAAAAUUUAGUUUCAUGUAAAUAUGUAUUUUCUGUAAUUGUAUUCUUGUUUAUGCAUUGUUGUACUCUUAAUAAGGCUCUUAUGCCUUUUUCCAGUUUCUUUUGAUUUCAUGUUUUUAUGUAUUGAUUUGUCCUCAAGUUCUGGAAGAACAGUAAAAA